ACGCGUUAUUUGGUUCACAGUGCUUAUACUGUGAGUCCACAGAAUACUUUCACUGCUUUUCAAUAGGAUUUUGCUGGGGAUAAAAACACCAUCGUAAAGCAGUCUGGAGAUUAUCAGCUAUGGUGCUUUCCAGCUCGUGAACUUUUGAGAAGAUGCAUACGACACGUAGCCCCUCAUCCAUUCCGACAGGUGCCCCAGGAGACAGCCUGGACCUCAGCCUGUCCGGUUCCCAGCUUUCUAUGUCCAAAAGACCCAGCAGCGCAUCGCCAGGGAAGUAUUUCUCUCGGUCUGUGUCAGUGUCUGUUGCUGGUGACAGCAGAGGAAAACGAAAUACGCUGAGUGAUGCCAACCUUAGCAGCUCGCGCUCCAUCAAGAACCUGAGGCGGUCCAACAGCACAACCCAGGUUAACCAGCAGGCCAACCUCAGUUUAAGUCAGGACCAGAGUGACGACUACUUGGCUCUGUUUGACAGCAGCUCAGAUGGACGCAAGAAAUUAGCCAGCCUCAGCAAGACCUCACCAGACAGAACCACAUGGAACAUCUUGGAUGAUCAGCCCAGAGUUUUUCCUUCACACUCGAGCUCUCGCAGCACUGGCAGCAUGGAUUCUCCCACCAGCCUAAAGAAAAAAGAGCCUGGAAUCGCUCUGGCUUCCACCUUCACUGCCAACAACAGGAGCAACAAGGGGGCUGUGGGCAACUCCGUCACCACCAUGUUACACAACAACUACUCUGAGAAGCCGCUCACACCGAAGAGCUCCAACCAGAAGCCGUCCUUCAAUAAUAUCCUGAAGGCCACAGCGAAUGACGAGGUGUUGCUGGAAAGCGGCUCUGUCACUAAGUCCCAGAAGAACUUCUCAUCUUCCACCUCCAACAACAGAUCUCAAGUGUCGGCUCAGCGCGGCAGCCCAGUCCCGCCGCCGAGGAGGGAAGUCACGGAGGAGGAGGCGGAAAGGUUUAUUCAGCAGGUGAACCAGGCAGCCGUCGCCAUUCAGCGCUGGUACAGACAUCAUGCCAAACGAAAACACACCAACCAGGCAGUGCUCAAACAAAUUCUUGCCAGUAAAAGAAAGGAGUGGGAGGAGAGGACGCAGGAGGACAGCCACCUGGAGCAGCAGCAGAGGAAACUUGAAGAACGGAAACGGAUUCGUGAGGAGAAAGCUCGUCUUGCCCGCCUCGCUGCCAUCCAGGAACUGCAGCAGAAAAGAGCACAGCGAGCUGCAGACGUGCAGCAUGCAGCUGAGGUGGAGCUGGAAAACUUGUGGCAGACAGAUGGAAUGGGUCGGAAGGCGCAUCCCAAGACUUCUCCAACCAAUAACAGCCCAGCAUCACCAAGCAACAACAACCCGAUGUCACCCACAGAUACCAAAACAAAGAACACAGACAAUUUGAACAUUGUGGCUGAUUUAAGUGAGAUGAGCUUCAGAGCUAUUUCUCCAGCUUUUUCCAGCCACAGAGGCUCUCAGUGUUCUCAGGAGGACAGGACAGAGGGGGACAUUCGUCAGGGGCAGCAGCAUCAGGAGAACGACAGGAAAAUUAUCCGUAUACAGAAAUCCCGUCUAAUCCGACUCGCUGCCCCACAGGUGAAUGCUUCUGAUGAGCUGCAGCAAAGAAGAGGACAAGUGGUUGCAGAGGUGGAGCACGCAGCUGAGGUGGAGCUGGAAAGUCAGAGGCCAGGCGCAGUGGGAUGUAAAAAGACACUCAAAAUUUCCCCAUCCAACAAAAGUCCUGCUUCACCAAGCAACAGCAGCCCGUUGUCACCUACAGACUCCAAAACUAAGAACACAGACUCCAGCUUAAAUGUUGUGGCUGAUGGGGACCCCCACUUCAGAGCUAUUUCCCCGGUUUUGUCCAAUCGCAGAGGAUCCCAGUGCUCUCAGGAGAUCCUGCAGAGGUCAGUUAGUGUGGAGGACCAGCGUCGGGGAGCUGUGUCCAGCAGGGCCCAAUCCAAAACCACCCUGAAUGACCUGCUGGACACCCUGAAGCAGUUAGAGGAGCCGGAGAGGCUAUCAGGGCCAAAAGGCUACCGCAAGGAGAAAUAUGCGUGGAUAGAUGAGGAUGGAGACUCUAACUCCCUGACCACUGACAACCUGGAGCGUCACGGCCAGCUGAGCCACCAUCCUGCGCUGCCUGAUGGAGGCGCUCUGCUGUCAGAGGCCAAACUGCAGAGCAUCAUGAGCUUCCUGGAUGAGAUGGAGAAGUCUGAGCAGGAGAGACCACGAUCAGUCACCUCAGGAUCACAAAGAGAGGCUGUGUUGUCUGAGGAGGAGCUGGUUGGCAUCGAGCACACGUCGGCCACGGCAACUGAAGUCACCACCUCCAUGAUGAGAAUAAAAAUGGAGCUGGAGGAGAAAAAGCGCACCGUCAACAUGCUGCAGACAGCACUGGCCCAGCAAAGAGAGCUGACGGCGAGACACGUGAAGGAGACGGAAAAGGAGCUGAGCAGAAACUUUCAGCUCCAGAAGGAGCAAUACGAAGCCACCAUCCAGAGACACCUCACCUUCAUAGACCAGCUCAUCAACGAUAAAAAGACUCUGAGUGAGCGCUGUGAAGGAGUGGUGGCAGAACUGAAGCAGGUGGACCAGAAGUACACGAAGAAGAUCGCACAGAUGCAGCAGCAGCAUGAAAUGGUGUGGCAAAUUCUCGGUCCCUUGUGUGAGGAGAUCAAGAAGUUAAAAGAUUUAAUGAGUGCCACAGAGAAAAUCCGCCGGGAGAAAUGGAUUGAUGAGAAAACCAAGAAGAUAAAGGAGAUCACAGUCAAAGGACUGGAGCCAGAAAUCCAGAAGCUGAUCUCUAAGCACAAACAGGAGCUGAAGAGGCUGCGAACGCUCCAUGAGGCAGAGCUGCAGCAGGCAGACGAACGGGCGGCGCAGCGCUACGUCCGGCAGUGUGAGGAGCUCCGGCAGCAGCUGGAGAGGGAGAAAGAGGAGCAGUGCCAGAAGGAGAGGGACCUGGCCAAACAGAGGUACGAGAAGCAGCUGCAGGAGGAGGAGUUGUCCCUGCAGCAGCAGAGGAGGCGUCUCCACAAGGAGGUGUCGGAUGAGAAAGAGAGGCUGGCUCAGCUGGCUGCUAGGCAGCGCUCCGAGCUGGAAGAUCUGCGACGGCAGCUGGAGGAGAACAGCUCUCUGGCUGGACGGGCCCUCAGAGAGGAGCUGGACAAGACCAGAGAGGAGCAGGAGAGGAGGCACCAGAUGGAGAUGAAGGCGUUACAGGAACGUCUGGACAUUGAAAAGCAAACGUGGGAAGAAAACUACAGGAAGAAAGAGGAAGCGUGGAUGCUGGGCCGCGAGCGCGAGCUGAAGGAAGAACUGCGGCGAGAACGCGAUAAAGAGAUCGAGCUCGCUAUCUGGACACUGGAGGAGGAGACCAGCAAGGACAAAGAAGAGUGUGAACGGGCAGCUGACAACAGGGUGAAGCGUCUGAGGGAAAAGUACGAGGCUGAGCUGAGGGAGCUGGAGCGCUCGGAGAGGGCUGCCGUGGAGAAGCAGCAGGAGCUGAGGAGGCAGCAGAUGGAGACGGAGGGAGAGCUGAUGCGACUUCAGGCCGUGCUCAGACAGAAAGAACAGGAGGUUGAAGACAUCUCGCAGACCAGAGACAAGCUGGCGGAUGAGCGGCGCAGCCUGGCGGAGGUGAUUCGUCAGGAGUUUGCAGACCGCUUGGUGAUGACGGAGGAGGAGAACCGCAGGCUGAAAGUGGAAGUGUCAGAAGUGCGAGCGAGGCUGCGGCUUGAGGUGGAGAGGAUCACCCGGGAGAAGGAGGAGGAGCUGGCUGAAGUCCACCAACGAGUAAAGUCGGCCAUACUGAAGAAAGAAGAAACUGUGAAUAAUCUCCGGAAGCAGCACGAGGCUGCCCUGAAGAGGGCGGACCACCUGGAGGCCUUGUGGGAGCAGCAGAGGAAGCAGCUGUUGGGCAAGUGACUGACAGAAAAGCCUGGUUUCAUCUGUAUGGAGCCCCCCCCCCCCCCCCCCCCCCCCACCACCACCACCACCACCACCACCCCUCCAUCAGCAUAGCUUCCACCUGAGGCUCAACUACAAGACUGAACCUGUGGAACUAAAGAAGACUGAAAACGUGGCUUAACCUACCUCACUUGAAAAAGACAAUAUGGAGAAAUGUUUGACAGUUCCCCAUCCCCCCACUCUACAGGCAUGGAGUAUGUUGUAUUUGAACUCCCUUCAUUUACAUGCCAGAGACCAGAUGACGCCAGAGAACAGGAUAACAAUUGGACUUCCCUUCCUUCUUCCCCCUUCAGCUCCAGCUGUUAAGCGGGAACCUUCAUGCUCCCUGCAGAGCUGCCACAUUAGACCCGUUCCAGAUGUUUCUGGAACUGGCCUCAGCCCCCUGGUGUGCAGCAGGACACAACCAGGGUCAUUUUUUCAGGACACUCUACAUCACAGCUCAAGCAUGAGCUUUUGCAUGAAACAAGUCGAGCUCUUGGUGUGGCCUUUAAUCUGUUGAGUCAUGUGUUUGUCCCUGUGUCCCCUCGAGACUACUGCUAAUUACAGGAUCUUUAACUUCCCCCUCCCCCUGCCCUGUGACCAGCUCUGAACAGUUUGUUUUUGUGGGUCUAGAACCAAAAUUUGGAUCUAAAUAAGUGUUAAGAGGUAACAAACUAAAACUGUUAGAAAAGUUAAAGGGUAAAGAACAUGUAGGGUGAGAGAGAGAGCGAAAGAGAGAGCUUUGGGAUGUGUAGACAAGUUAAAGGAAAAUGAAUGAUAAAAAUGUCUGAGGUCAGAUAAUUGCAGAGUGGCUCUGAGGGUUUCUGAAUGUGGGGAAGUAGACUAAGAGGAAAGAUGUGGGGAUGGAGGAAUGUGCAUAGAAAAUGUUUAGAGGAUUAGGAAAGCGGAGCUUGGACCAAGCCGGGUGGUGGGUGGGUCUGACGGGGGCACGGGACACAUGAGCGGAGGUAUGCUAAAAGCCAUUUCAGCGUUGCCAGCCCCAAUCUACUAGCUGCAGUGUAGGAAAAAUAAAUAAAAAUACAA